AUGUCGCUCGGCGACAAUCAGUCUGACGGCGCAGCCACUGCUUCGCCAACCCGGCCUAGUUCAGCCUGGACCAACAACUCCCUGUUCACCGAUUCCGCCAUCAGUAUGAGAACCCGGUCACCAGCUCCUCUCGAGAAAGAAUCAAGUCCUUUGCAGCCCGACGAAACACUUGAUGAAUCCGCGAUUGCGGACCGCCUCAAUGGCUUGGUCUCUGAAAUUUGGGCCUGCGAGCAGGAUGGAUCGAUUCGAGGCGAGAAGAGACGGAGGAUUGAAAAAGCCAUGGACGAGAUCGAAGCAGCAUUAGAGGAGGAUGAAGAGAGCGAUUCCGAGACAAUGCAUCAAAGCCAAUCCGUGCCCUCGCCACUGCUCCAUGGGGCUGGUGCCUCGGAGGCAGACCUUGAACUUAUCCAGGCACACUUGUCGUCCACGGUCGAAUCGAUGCGCAUGAGGCAGCAGGAGCAACGACAUCUGCACCAAUUGACCGUGGAAAAGCUCGAGGCGAUCGCGCAGCGGUGUAUCCAACAAGAACGGCGCGUGCGAGAGUUCGCCGAAGAGAUAGUCAGCCUCAAGAAGCAGAAUCGCACCCUGACCCAGCAGAAUCAGAGUCUCAACAUCCAUCUGAGUGAGAUCCAAUCCGAGUCGGCCAAGAAAGAGACGGCGGUCAAGGCCAUGUCGAGCGCGGUAUCCGGUCUAGAAGGAUGGAUUAAUGGUUCUCCAACAGCAGACCGAACUCCUCAUUCCCGGAGGAUUGUUACCAGAGGCCGAGGCAGAUUUCGUGGCCGGUACUAUGUUGAGGAGCCAGUCGACAACCGGGGGUAUUAUGGUCUCGAUGGCGCUUCCGACGCAAAGGCUUUACAGGAGGGUGUCACAGCGUGGCUUAGAGGUUUCCGCGAUGUGGAAGAGGAGUUGAGAUCGUCAGAGACCGCGGCUCGGUUCGCUCCAGCGAAGGAUUUCAGAACUAUCCGAGACGACAGCGAUAAUGAAUGGGGUGAUUUUGAGACAGCCACUGGAGCAUGA